CACUGAUAAGAAAAUCAGUUCUCGAAAGUGCAGCUGCGACGGCGCAUCGUGAUGAUUGCAGAAUCGCUCGGCCCUACUGGCGAUUGCUCAGCACCAGCCCCACCAGCGGGGCGGAGAGCCAGAAGCCCGGACAGCCGGAGUCGGGGAUCGCCGGCCACUCAUUCCGACACAAGUCGAGCAGGCUGUCAGUCAAUUGAAGGCAGCGCUGCCUCGCGGUCGAGGGAUCGAUUCACUUAAAAGGUUCUUGCUCGGUGCCCGCAGUUCGUUUCAAGAAAUGCAAAUACCCUCUGCAGUACGGCGUGAGCAAUGACUUCGAGCGUCUAAGCAGCCCAGCAGCCCAAUCCCACGACAAGCCUACGACAAGAAGCGUCCAUCGGAAAUGGAGGCGACCAUCAGUACAAACUCGCAGACCAGCUCGCUGCAGUACAGCAGCGACAUCAACGCCAUCAGUAUCGAGCUGCCGGAGCACUCGGAGGACCUCCAGUCGCUCACCGGACUAAAGUACCUGCCAGCCUGGCCGGCGGUCAACCUGCAGUUCUCGGACCUCGGCUGCGAGGUGCCCGAUCAGGCAAACGCUGGCAAGACUAAACAGAUUCUGCGGGGCGUCCACGGGGAGUUCCGCUCCCACGAGCUCACCGCCAUCAUGGGGCCAUCGGGAGCUGGGAAAACCACGCUGCUGAACCUGCUGGCCGGAUUCGGCGCCGUGGGCGAUUCCGGGGAGAUACUCGUCAAUGGCAGUCCGCGGGACAUGCGAGUCUUCCGCAAAAUGUCCCGAUACAUCAUGCAGACGGAUGUGCUGGACCCCCAGUUCUCGGUGCACGAAAUGAUGCUGCUCUCCGCCCAUCUCAAGCUUGGGAACGAGCUGGAUCUCAAGCAGAAGCUAGAAGUGAUCGACGAAAUCCUGGAAAUGCUCCGCCUGAAGGGAUCCAAGCACACAAUGACCCCCAAGCUGUCUGGUGGCGAGCGAAAGCGCCUGUGCAUCGCCCUCGAACUGGUCAACAACCCGCCCGUUAUCUUCCUAGAUGAGCCCACCACCGGCCUGGACGACUUAUCCAGCUCGCAGUGCAUCGCCCUGCUCAAGUCGCUGGCCGCCGGCGGCCGCACUGUGAUCUGCUCCAUCCACACGCCCUCCGCCAAGAUCUUCGAGAUGCUCGACACGGUGUACGUGCUCGCCGAGGGCGAGUGCAUCUACCAGGGCGGCGGGGCCAGCAUUGUGCCCUACAUGGAGCACCUGGGCCUCAGCUGCCCCAUCACCUACAACCCGGCGGACUUCAUCAUCGAGGUGGCUUGCCGGGAGUACGGCGACUCCUACCACGAGCCCAUGGUGAAGGCCGUCCUGAACGGAAAGGUUACGCGAUGGACUCCUCCGCUGGAGGACGGCAAGGCCACCCCCACCAAGACGGACACCACCUCGGGCGCCUCGUCCUUCUACGAAAUGGAGCAGUUCGACCUGGAGCUCAGCCCGAAGCUGCUGCGGGCCAAGUGCAGCUGGUGGAUGCAGUACAAGCUGCUGCUGGUCCGGAUGCUGCUCCAGAUGUGGCGGGACAAGUCCUACAUCAAGCUCAAGUUCUACAUGAACAUCGUGCUGGCCCUGCUCGUGGGUUCGCUGUACUUUGGGAUGGGCACCUCGGCCUCCAAGGCGCUGUUCAACUUUGGGUUCAUGUUCACCAUCGUGAUAGCGUACCUCUACCUGCCCAUGAUGCCGGUGCUCCUAUACUUUCCCUCGGAAAUAAACCUCCUGAAGAGGGAGUACAACAACCAGUGGUACCGCCUGAGCUCCUACUACGCCGCCAUGGUCUCCUCCAAGCUGCCCUCCAUGUUCGUCCUGGCGGUGAUCUACCUAUCCAUCGUGUACUUAAUGUCCAGCCAGCCGCUGGAGUGGUUCCGCUUCGUCAUGCUCUUCUCCAUCGCCUUCGUCACGGCCCUGACCUCCGACAGCUUCGGGCUGCUCAUCUCCAGCAGACUGAGCCUGGUGAACGCCAUGUUCAUGGGCCCCGUGCUGGCCGUGCCCCUGAUCCUGCUGUCCAUCUACGGGAUCGGAUACGGCCGGGGCAGCUACAUAUCGCCGCUGAUGCGGUUUCUGAUGCACCUGAGCUACCUGCGCCACGGCAUGGAGGGCCUCGUCGCCGCCCUCUACGACUACGGCCGCGGCGACACGAUCUGCGAGGACACGGAGAUCUUCUGCAGCUUCAAGAAGUCAAAGGUGCUGCUCGCCUUCCUGGGCUUCGAGCAGAUGCACUACGCCUGGUCGCUCUGCUGCCUGCUCGGGUUCUACGUCCUCUUCACCGUGGCGGCCUACCUGAUGAUCCGGCAAAGGCUGAAGAGAUCGGCGCCCAACCCGAUCGUGGCAUACGCCUUGGAGUUGCUCACGAAACACUUUAACUUUACGUCGUACAAUUACUAGAGAAACCAGGACGGGGACGGGGACAGGGACGAGGUGAUGGUUCCUUAAACUAGUGUUAGACGCGAAUAAGCCAUAUGACCUAGACUAAGAUUCAGAAAUGUAUUUUUAAGACAGUCUUUAAGGGAAAAUGAGUGAUAUGCGGAGAGAUCCGAAUAAACUGUAUUCAAAUACAAACAUAAAGCUGA